AGUAGAUAAUAUGUGGAACAAUAAUAUAUAAUUAAGCAUAUAUUAAUUAGCUUUCUCUUGUUUAAUGGGCGGUGAUGUCACAUAUUAUCUCACCUUUGAUAUGAAGAGAUUUCAAGAAUCUUUUGCAUCUUAAGGCCCAUAAAGGAUUUGCAUACCCUAACAAACAUAUCUCCCACUUUCUCUUUCCCUUGACCCCUCAACCUCUAACCCUUGCAAACAGUGGGGGCUUAAAAAAAUAAAAAAUUGGAAUUUAUCCUUACAAUUAUUAUUGUUUCUGUGUUCUGUCUGCGAAAAUGUCUCCUUUACAUCGAAGCAAUGAGCUGUGCUUCCAGAUUUCACCAAAUCCCCAAAAUAAGAAUGAAAUCUUCACAGAAGAUCAGAUUCUUGGCCAUGCUUCACUGGAAGAUAAUGCUUUCCACGUUGAUAAUUAUAAGGAUAUCAAUGUCACUACUACAAGCCGCCGAAGCCCUAAAUCUUUGCCUAAUGAUCAUAAUAGUAAUAAUACUAUUGUGAAUCAGAGUAGUAGUACUGAAUGUAAGAGCAAUAAGAUGAUGAAGCAUAGAGACAUUGAAAGACAAAGAAGGCAAGAAAUGUCUACCCUUCAUGCUUCUCUAAGAUCCCUACUUCCACUUGAAUUAAUCAAGGGAAAGCGUUCAAUUUCCGAUCACAUAAACGAGGGUGCAAGGUAUAUAAAACAACUCCAGUUGAAGAUCAAAGAACUUGAUGCAAAGAGAGAUCACUUAAAGAAGUACUAUUACUUGUCCGAUUCGGGUAGUACUGAGAGGACUAACCACCCUGGGCGACCUGGGAGCUCAAGAAAUAGCUCUACUCCUCAGGAUCACUUCUUGACAGUCCAACCUUGUGGUGAAUGUGGAGUUGAAAUAGUUAUCAGUGCUUGUGGAUUUCCCCUUUCGAAGGUUUUGCAAUUGGUUCUUGAAGAAGGGUUUGGCUUGGUCAGUUGUAUUUCAACCGAAGUUAAUGGCAGAAUGCUUCACACUAUCAAAUCCGAGAACAGUAACAUAGAAUCAGAAUGCAUGAUCAAUAUUUCAGCGCUUGAAAAGAAAUUAAACGAAGUGAUCACUGCUGAUGUCCCUCCAUAAUGGUGAUGAUGCAUGUAUAUGAGUACUUUAUAUAUAUCUUGACCAUCUAAUUAUAAUUAACAUAAUUAAUUUGUAGUUUGUUUUUGAAGGUUUGACACCUAAUAAAAUCUAACAUUUUGGUCUAUA